AUGGCGGGAGAGGCCGUGCGCGCGGAGGGCACAGGGGGUUCCUGGGGGGCUCAGGGGUCCCCAGGAAGGGUGGGGAGGGGUGUCUUUUGGGGGGGGGGUCCCCUCCAUCGCCGCCCCCCCCCCCCGCAGGUGCUGGAGCAGCUCCUCGUGGCCCUGCGACCCCCCGAAAGCGGGGACCCACGGCGGGGGUCGCUGCUGGUGGCCCUGGUGGCAGAGGGGGAGGCGGGGCGGCCCCGCUGCACCGUCACCGUGGCGGCCGCCGGCGAGCUGAGCCGGGACGUGGGGGCCGAGGUGCUGCGGGGAGCCGCCCGGGGGGUGCUGGAGCUACCGGGGGUCCCCGUCGCCCCCUCCCCGUGCUGCGGGCGGAUCCUGCGCCGAGCCCGGCUGCGGGCGGCGUUCCAGCUCAGCCCCCCCCCCGGCACCCUGACCCCCGACUGCGUCGCCCUCCGGCGCUUCCUCCACAGGACCAGCCUGGUGCACCCCGAGGUGGAGUUUCACUUCUGCGUCAGCAUCAACGGCGCCGUCACCUCGCACAGCUACGGGGCUGGCGACCCCCGAUGCCGCCUACGCGGUGCGGGGGGUGGGGGGCGCCCCGGCCGGGGAGCGGCACCCCCAGACCCUCCUCCUCUUCCUCUUCCUCCGCCACGAGGAUCCCUUCCAGGUGUACGACCACGCCCCCAACCCCAGCGCCGCGCCACGCCCCCUCCCGCCUAG